CGGGCGAGGGAGGAACUGUGGCUCCAGAAAGUGAACCAGGAAACAGUAAAGUGAGCCAGCGUCCCUCCUAACGCCAGGAAACCAAGCGCUCCCGCAGCUCAGGACUCCUAUCCGCUGUCUAAAUCCACACAAAACACCGUCAUGGACCUCUUCAAGAAGAAGACUGUCGAUGACAGAAUCAGGGAACAGUCGAAGCAGCUGCGCGUCACUCAGAGAGGGAUCGCCAGAGACAGAACAGCGCUGGAGAAGGAGGAGAAACAAAUUGAAGCAGAAAUCAAGAAAAUGGCAAAGAGUGGCAACCGGGAGGCAUGCAGGAUUCUCGCCAAGCAGCUGGUCCAGCUGAGGAAGCAGAGGAACCGCACGUACGCCGCCAGCUCCAAGCUCACCUCCAUGUCCACGCAAACAAAGGUCAUGAACUCCCAGAUGAAGAUGGCCGGCGCCAUGUCUACCACAGCCAAGACAAUGCAAGCAGUGAACAAGAAGAUGGAUCCACAGAAGACACUGAAGACUAUGCAGGACUUCCAGAAGGAGAACAUGAAGAUGGGCAUGACUGAGGACAUGAUCAAUGACACUUUGGAUGAGAUCUUCGACGAGUCUGGGGAUGAGGAGGAGUGCGAGGACAUCGUCACCCAGGUCCUGGACGAGAUUGGCAUCGAGAUCUCAGGAAAGAUGGUGAGAGCUCCAGCUGCAGGAAAGAGCGUCCCCGGUGCCGCCGCCGCUUCCAAAAAAGCCACCAUCUCCGACGAUGAGAUCGAGAGACAGCUCAAGGCUCUGGGAAUUGACUAGUUGUCCUUCUUUCCUCACAUUAUGAACGAGUGCAACAUUAAUAAUGAUUGACACAGACUGGAGAUACACUGGUCAUUUUCAUGGUUCAUAUGCUACAGGUUUCACUAACACACACACACACACACACACACACACACACACACACACACACACACACACACGGAAAGGCAUGCAGGCAGACAGGUGCAUAUUAAAAUAAAGAUAUUGUCACGUCCUUCUGCAGGUUGCCUUACCAAUCGUCAAGGCAGAACAUCUCAUGUAUUUACGCGAAAAGAAUAUUUAUUACCAGAUUGGAGAGAGGUCACAACGUGACCGUGCCAACAGUGAUGCUUGAGAUUAACUGUUUACCACCCGUCUGUCUUAACAAGGGCUACAAGUCUGUAUGUAAUUCUGGAACCGGCUCCUUCCUUUCUGAUGUUUUGGGCAAUCUCGAUGCAAUCUUAUGAUCGAUCAGCUUCUAUGCGACUAAAGAUGAAUGAUCCUCCUCUGGCAGGUUUUAAUGAAUAAAACAUGGUAAUUGAAAAUAGCUUGGGGGUUGUCAGUAAGCAGACGGCGCUUGUAUUUUUUUCUUUUCCCCUUAUCCAUCCUAUUUAUCUUCUACAAUUAUCUCGGUUCCAGAACCUUUGGUUGGGCUGUCCAUGUUUAGCUACUUUGGGAAAUAAUCGCAAUAUUUUGUGGGUAAAAAGCAUCAAUAUGGUGGUUUUGAGUAUCGCAGUUUCAGCACUCGCUGUUCUUCAUGCCAAUGAGGCUGACUGCUGUUGACGACGGGGUUCAUUAACACGUUUUAAGAUCUUGAGGUUUUCUUUCUGCUGCUGAUGCCGAGGACUGACGUAUGCAUGUUAAACACAGAUGAUGGCCUUCUCUUCUCCUGCAUGAGAUGAUGAGACGGAUUGAUCCGAUGGAGCUUUUAAUUAGCGCCGCUGAAGCUGGCACUGCUGUACGGUUCCGUGUGACAUAACUUCAUCGAAGACCAAUUAGGACUAAUGAAAGGACUGGCAUAUCAAAGAGUUUUUUUUUUUUCAAUCGAUUGUCUGACGCUACUAACUAAUCAAAUGAGUUUUAUGGCUUCUUGGUUGACGUGUGAUUUACUCAGUGAUAGUGGGACAGUACCGGUCCUGCAGUCACACUUCCUUUUCGGCUGCUGUGCAGUUACUGUCAUUUAUUUGAAGCUGCCUCACUCACAAAAAUAAUACUCUCGCGCUACAGCAACAACACGAUGGAAGCGUUUGCUGAAGUGACACUGUGAUUUAAGAGGGGUUUCCUCUCCUCCAGAGCCGACGCGGACUCUUCCGUGCGGCGAUUUGUUAAUGUCAGCCGGUUUCAGGCUUCAUGGAAGUGACAUCUGCUCACAGUUAUGUCGCCUUUUUCCCGGCUUCUCGUUUGAUUUCGGUGUCCAUUGCUGUUGCCAAAACAAACUGGUAAUGUUUCGUACUUGCAUGUGUUCAACAUGUACAGUUCAUGAAUUCUGUGCGAAUCAUCCAUUUCUCCUCUGUCCAGUUUGUUGUGAUUGUGAGCAGAAUCAUUCUUUUAACAGACCUGUUCGAGUGCAGUUUCAUGGUUAGGCUUGUAUGUAUACUCAUUUUUAUUUCCUGCUCGGUCAUUGUGAAGUGACUGCAAGGUUCUGGCUUUUAUAAGGAAUAAAGUUUCUUCAGGUACACUUUA